AUGGCGCGGUCAUACUUGGGCCUCACAGGAGGCAAGCUGCAAAUCGCUAUCAGUGUCAUCGCUGGUAUGGAUUUCUUGCUGUUCGGUUACGAUCAAGGUGUCACUGGUGGUCUGUUGACCCUCCAAUCGUUCAUCAAAUACUUUCCAACUAUCGCAACCAACGGUGAAUACUAUGAGAGCUUGACUAAAGCGCAACAAAGUACCCAGUCGACUCGCCAAGGUGUCGUUGUCGCUGCGUACAACUUGGGCUGCUUUGCUGGAUCGAUUCCCACAAUUUGGAUUGGCAACAUGCUCGGUCGGCGCAAAACUAUCUUCGUUGGUUCGUUUAUUAUGUGCAUCGGAGCUUUGCUGCAAUGCACUUCCUACCAACUCGGGCAAUUCAUUGUUGGACGCUUGGUUACUGGUUUCGGAAACGGCAUGAACACCUCUACCGUGCCCACCUGGCAGUCAGAGUGCUGUAAAUCCAACCAUCGUGGAAUGCUAGUCAUGAUUGAAGGUGCCAUGAUUACUUGCGGUAUCACCAUCAGUUACUGGAUUGAUUUCGGUCUGCUAUUCGCCGAUCCAAAUGAGGUGGCUUGGCGAUUCCCGCUGGCCUUCCAGAUUUUCUUCGCCCUCAUUAUCCUGGUUUUCGUUUUGCCUCUUCCCGAGUCGCCCCGUUGGCUAAUCCUCAAGGGCCGCGAGGACGAAGCAAGGACUGUCCUGCGGUCCCUCUUGGGCGACGCUGACGAGACCUUCAUUGAGACGGAAUUUACGGCCAUCAAGGCUACAGUCUUGGAAAUGGCCAAGGGUUCGUUCCGUGACAUGUUCACCAUGACCGAGGACCGCCACUUCCACCGCGUGGUCUUAGCCUACGUCAAUCAAAUGUUCCAACAGAUUUCGGGUAUCAACCUGAUUACAUACUACAUCCCCGUUGUGCUGGAGAACCAGCUGGGUAUGACCCUCGAAAACUCCCGCUUGAUAUCAGCUUGCAACGGGACGGAAUACUUCCUCGCUUCAUGGAUUGCCGUGUUCACCAUUGAGCACUUUGGUCGUCGGACACUGAUGCUUUUUGGCGCCGCGGGAAUGUCAAUAUCGAUGGUCAUCCUUGCCGUCACCGCCAGCAUCGGUAGUAACGGAGCCAAUAUCGCCUGUAUCGUCUUCCUGUUCGUUUUCAAUACAUUCUUCGCCAUUGGCUGGCUGGGUAUGACCUGGCUGUAUCCGGCUGAAGUGGUGCCGCUACGGAUUCGUGCUCCGGCUAACGCGCUGGCAACGUCAUCGAACUGGAUCUUCAACUUCCUGGUGGUCAUGAUCACGCCGGUGGCUUUUGACAACAUUGGGUACCAGACCUACAUCAUCUUUGCGGUCAUCAACGCCUUUAUCUUCCCCGUAGUGCUCUUCUUCUAUCCAGAGACGGCCCGCCGAUCCCUGGAGGAAAUGGAUCGUAUUUUCCGCAAAACGACCAGUGUCUUCAACGUUGUCAAGGUUGCUAACGAGGAACCUCACAUGUACGGCAAGCAUGGUGAGCUUCUGCGUACGCUCGAUGACGUGGAAGACGAUGCAGUCCGUCGCGCCAGUGUGCUGAGCCACCGGGCAAAGGACAUGGAGAAGGACAGUGACGAGAACACCAACAGCGUGAAGGCAUAA